AUGCUGGCUGCAAUGGCCUAUGACCGCUACAUGGCUAUUUGCAACCCCCUGCUCUACAUGGUGGUGGUGUCUCCACAGAUCUGCCUUCUGCUGGUGUUCCUCACAUACCUCUACAGUCUGAUCACGGCACUGACUGUCACUUCCUGUGUGUUCUCUUUGUCAUACAGCUCUUCGAAUGUAAUCAACCAUUUUUACUGUGAUACUGUAUCUUUGCUGGCAUUGUCCUGUUCUGGUACCUACAUUCCAGAGACAGCAGUGUUUAUCUGUGCAGGGACCAAUUUGCUUUUCUCUUUGGCUAUUGUUCUAAUAUCUUAUUUUAACAUUGUCCUUGCCAUUUUGAAGAUACAUUCUCCAGAGGGUCAACGAAAAGCCUUUUCCACCUGUGCCUCCCACAUGAUGGCUGUCACUGUGUUCUAUGGGACCCUUCUCUUCAUGUAUUUGCAACCAAAGACCAGCUACUCAUUGGAUACUGAUAAGAUGGCCUCUGUCUUCUACACCCUGGUGAUACCAGUGCUGAAUCCCCUCAUUUACAGCCUAAGGAACAAGGAUGUGAAGGAUGUAUUGAAGAGAUUCAUAAAUAAACCAUAUCAGUCUCUCAAAUUCAUGUAA